AUGCCCAACUCUGCUAUCAGAAAGUGUGCUCGUGUGCAGUUGAUUAAGAAUGGAAAAAAGAUUGCUGCUUUCGUGCCCAAUGAUGGUUGUUUGAACUUCAUUGAGGAAAAUGAUGAGGUGUUGAUUGCUGGAUUUGGUCGUAAAGGACAUGCUGUGGGAGAUAUUCCUGGAGUCCGAUUUAAGGUUGUCAAGGUUGCUGGUGUCUCUCUUCUAGCUCUGUUCAAGGAAAAGAAGGAAAAACCCAGGUCCUAGGUUAAGGUUGUUGGUUUUGUCUUAAAUUUUUCCUA